ACACACAGUUCUCCACAGGAGACUUCACCUUAUACACACUCACAUACCCAUUUACAGACAUACACACACACACUUUGGGGAGGUACAAUGGCUGCCAACAGACUCUCUGAAAGCUCGGACUCAAGUAUCUCAACAACGUUCUCCUCCAUGUCAGUGGGGUCGGGUUCUGUUGGCAGUUCUGUUGGUGGCCCUAUUGGCGGUUCUGGCCUGGCGCUGGUGAGGUUCCAGCUGGGUCUGCUGCAGGAGGUGGUCCAAGCGUCGUCGAGGAGACUCAGCUUCCGCUCGGCCAGGAGACUCGCUGCUGAGAUCAUCGAGAGAAAGGCUCCAGAGGUGAGUGUGAUUGGUCUGAGGGAGAAGCUGCUGCUGUUUCGCCACGAGCCGGGCUACGAGAACAUCCUGCGCAAACUCAGCGAGCAGGACGCACUCCAAGAUGGGGACACGGUAGAGGUGGUCCUCGCAGCUUCAGCAUCUGCAACAAUAAUUAAGUUCCGCCCCCAUUCACUUGUGGUCCAGUCAUAUCGCACCCCGACCUUCUGCCAUCACUGUGGGGAGAUGCUGUGGGGCUUGGUCAGGCAAGGGUUAAAGUGUGAAGGUUGUGGUCUGGACUUUCACAAGCGCUGUGCUCUCCACUUACCCAACGACUGCAGCGGUUUGUCUCGGCGAUGUAGGUCCAGUCUGUCUCUGUUCCCGCCGGGGCGGCCGCGCCUGCCAUCCCUCUCCACACAGGCAGGGGGCAGUCUAGAGGAGAUCAGUAUGACGAAGACCAGCAACUCCAGAUCUCACAGCGGCUGCUGGGUGGACCGCUCGGGGGUGUGGGGGGGCCAGGGGCGAGGAGGAGGAGGAGGAGGAGGAGGAGGGGGAGGAGGAGGAGGAGGAGGGGUGCAGUUGCCCCACACCUUCCACGUGCACAGCUACACACGCCCCACCGUCUGCCAGUACUGCCACAAGCUGCUCAAGGGACUCUUCAGACAGGGCCUACAGUGUGCUGACUGCAGGUUUAAUUGUCACCGGCGAUGUGCACAACUUGUUCCAAAUGACUGUCUUGGAGAGUCCAGGUUCACCAACGGGGGAGACAGUGAAACAGGCUGGAGCAGAAUGGAUGUGGAUAUGGAGAGCAGUGUAGAGUCUGUGAAUGAUCUCUAUGAAGAGUUCUGUCCGCCCAGCUCCUCCAGUACCCUGCCCCAACCAGAGGUGGCGCCCUCGCGUUCAGAGAUCGGUCCGUGUUUCAGCAGUAAUAUUCCGCUCAUGCGUGUCGUCCAGUCGGUCAAACACACUAAGAGAAGAGCCAGUGGAGUCCUGCGCAAAGGCUGGCUGGUGCACUGCACCAACACACACUCAAUGAGGAAGCGGCACUAUUGGGUCCUGGAUAGCAAGUGCAUCACCCUGUAUCAAACUGAAUUCGGAAAUAAGUAUUAUAAGGAGAUCCCUCUCUCGGAGGUGCUCCAGGUGCGAGGGGCCGGGCAGCUGGGGGACGGCGAGUACUCGUUUGAGCUGGAGACGGCCAGCGUGGUGUACCGCGUGGUGGCGGAGGGGGAGGGCGCCGCCUGGGAGGGCGCCAUACGACAAGCGCUGAUGCCCGUGCAGGGCAGCGGGGUCAAGAGAGCCGGCACAGAUUACGGUUUGCAGCAAGGACAGGCUCAGGACAUCAGUUCUGUCUAUCAGAUCUUCUCAGAUGAGGUAUUGGGCUCUGGGCAGUUUGGAAUCGUUUAUGGAGGUACACACAGACAGUCCAGUCGACCUGUUGCCGUCAAAGUGAUCGACAAAACCCGCUUCCCCACCAACCUGGAGAGACAGAUGAGGAAUGAGGUGGCCAUCUUACAGAACUUGUCCCAUCUCGGAGUAGUCUUGCUUGAGGGCGUUUUCGAGACAUCGGAGCUGGUCUUCGUUGUCAUGGAGAAGCUGCAUAGCGACAUGCUGGAGAUGAUCCUGUCCCAUGAGAAUGGCCGACUGCAGGAGCGCACCACCCGCUUCCUGGUCACGCAGAUUCUGGAGGCACUACGGUACCUGCACUUUAAGCACAUUGCUCACUGUGAUCUAAAGCCUGAGAACGUGCUGCUGGCCUCCCCUGAUCCCUUCCCUCAGGUGAAGCUGUGUGACUUUGGCUUUGCGCGGAUCAUCGGCGAGAAGUCGUUCCGCCGCUCGGUGGUGGGCACGCCGGCGUACCUUGCUCCCGAGGUGAUCAGCAGCAGCGGCUACAACCGCUCGCUGGACAUGUGGGCGGUGGGGGUGAUCCUCUACGUCAGCCUCAGCGGCACGUUCCCCUUCAACGAGGACGAGGACAUCAGCCAGCAGAUCACCAACGCCGCCUUCAUGUACCCCCGACACCCCUGGUCACUCAUAUCGCUGGAAGCUGUGAGUCUCAUCAAGAACCUACUCCAGGUGGUGGUGCGGCGGAGGUUCAGUGUGGGGAAAGCUUUGGGACACCCCUGGCUGCAGAACUUUCAGCUGUGGUGUGACCUGCGUGAGUUUGAGCAACGCGUUGGCCGCAGGUACCUCACGCACGAGGAGGAGGACGAACGAUGGCGACGACACGCAGCAGAGAAAGGACUCGACUUUCCUUCACAUCUCACCAUUAAUCAAGACAAUGAAGACAAUAGCUGACAAGACUCAUGACAUAACCAAAAAACUCUUCAUCUGAAUGUUUCCGGUCCUUUUUGUAACUACAGGGAAUUUAAAGAAUGGACUUCACUCUUUUAUUUGAAGUAUCAUGAUGGCUUUUGACUUCAGCAAUAAAUGGAUGUGUCUGCAA